AUGGCCAAGAUCGCUAUCAUCUACUACUCCACCUACGGCCACAUCGCCAAGCUCGCCGAGUCGGCCAAGGAGGGUGCCGAGUCCGUGGAGGGCGUGACCGCCGAGAUCUACCAGAUCCAGGAGACGCUGCCCGAGGAGGUCCUGACCAAGAUGCACGCGCCGCCCAAGAAGGACCACCCCGUGGCCACGACGGACGUGCUCAAGGAGGCGGACGGCAUCCUCUUCGGCUUCCCGACGCGCUUUGGCUCGCUGCCGGCGCAGGUCAAGGCCUUCUUCGACUCGGCCGGUGGCCUGUGGGCUGCCGGUGCUCUGGUCGGCAAGCCGGCGGGUAUCUUCUUCAGCACGGGUACGCAGGGCGGCGGCCAGGAGACCACGGCGUUCACUGCGCUGACGUUCCUGGCGCACCAGGGCCUCACCUUCGUGCCGCUGGGCUACCGCGCCCCGGAGCUCUUCAACAUGGACGAGAUCCACGGCGGAUCCCCGUGGGGCGCCGGCACUCUGGCCAACGGCGACGGCUCUCGCCAGCCGUCGAAGCUGGAGCUGACGGUGGCCACGACGCAGGGCAAGUCGUUCGCUGAGAUCGCCAAGAAGCUGGCCGCUUAA